AUGCCGUUCACCAAGGGUACCAAGCGAAGCGCGAAGCGCGAGGCCGAGUCCGAGGAGGACGAAGUCGUCACCAAGCCCACCAAGAAGACAAAGACCUCCAAAUCUGCCGAUGGAGACAAAGAUGGUGUUGACAAGGAUGGCAACCCCUUCUGGGAUCUCUCCAACAAGCGCCGCGUCGGCAUUUCGGAAUUCAACAAGUCGACCUUCGUCAACAUUCGUGAGUACUACGAAAAGGAUGGCAACAUGCUGCCUGGCAAGAAGGGUAUCUCCCUUUCCAUUGCCCAGUAUGAGACCCUUCUCAAAGCUGUUCCUGCUAUCAAUGCGAAGCUGCGCGAGAUGGGUCACGAAGUCAAGGAGGUCCAGCAGGGCAAUGGCUCUCCCGUCGCAGAGGAGACCUCGAAACCCGCUGCCAAGGACGACAAGUCCAAGAAGGCCAACAUCGAGGCCACGAGUGACGAAGAUUCAGAGUGA